AGGUGAUAGAGAAAGAGAGUGAGAGAGAAAUGAUGAUGAGUCCUCUGGCUUCCCCUACCUCCUUCGCUCAUCCGAACACAAUGAUCUCUUCUAUAAAUACCAGUCACCAUCCCCGUGCAACCCUUACGGUAAAUUCCUCCAUCUUUUCGGUUUCCCUUCGUGGAGGAGAUUUAACCACCGGAAAGCUCCGGCGUGAGAGAAAGAUAUCUUGCGAAGUAGCUCUCAAGCUCGAUUCCUCCACAGUUGAUUCUUCAUCGUGUUCGUCUUCGUCGUCGUCGUUGAAUCUCUCGUCAGCGGCAUCGACUGCUGGGGAGGAAGAUGAGGAAUCUAGCAGAGCUAAGAUUGGGGCUAGGGUUAGGGUUAAAGCACCACUUAAGGUGUAUCACGUCCCCAAAGUUCCCGAAUUAGAUGUUACCGGAAUGGAAGGCAAGCUGAAGCAGUACGUUGGCCUCUGGAAGGGAAAGCGGAUCUCCGCCAAUCUCCCUUUCAAGGUCGAAUUCGUCACUGAGAUCGAAGGCCGUGGCACCGUCAAGUUCUUCACCCAUCUCAAGGAGGACGAAUUUGAAUACGUCGAUGACAACCGUGAUUGAGCUUUUCUUCCUUUACCUCCUAAGCACGAAACAGAACCACAGUGUAUCCGACCUCAUAGGCUCCUAUCCUUCACUGUAGGGAGUCGAAGAUAUAGUUGUGUUCUGCUGUAGACUCCUUCUCCAAAGUAUUGCAUUUACAUUCCUCUUUCGCUGGCUCUCUCGCAUGCAAUAAUUAGCCAACCAACUCACAGCAAUGUAAUUAUAAGUAAUCCCUAAGGAGUAAGUAACGGUUUCUCUUGUUGUACUUACUUACCUGCCGGUUUUUUGUUCUUCGAACAGAAUUGGAAACUCUACUCUUCUCAGGAGCGAGCAGGCUUUCCUGAUUAAUAAUUCAAAUGUGUUAGACUUUUGUGUGUGGUGUAUAGAUUGUUUAAUUUCUCACUGACUGUUUUUAUUUGGAGAACUCUCCACUGUUACUAGUAUUUUGGUGUUAUAUGAAUGCUUAUAUAUAAUUGGUUUCUAAUUCCUUAA